UUCUCUCUCUUUUCUCUCUUCUCUUCCUUUCCUCCCCUUGGUUUCCCCCGCCGGGGCAGGGGUGGGUGUGCAGAGGAUGCAGCGUUUUGCCCAUCCCCGCCGUGUCACUGACAUGUCCCUGUGAGUGCGUGUGUGAGCAGAGGGGUUUGGAGGAGUGUGUCCGUGUGUGCCUGUGCACGUGUCCGUGUCCGUGUGUCUGUCUCUGCGCUCCUGCCCCUCCCGCCCAUCGCCAUCGCAGUCGCCGCUGGGCGCACUUGGGCUCAGGAGCCGAGCACGAGGCACCACUUCGGGUGGUGCUCUGUUUGUGCAGGCUACAGAUUGGAUUUCUAGCAAGCUUCCCACCACGGAGAACAGACAAGCUGAUGUGAGAAGGGAGAUAUGGAUAUGUCCAUGACGGGAAGAUGCCGUGUGUCCCAUCUCUUGGUUCUUCUCAUAUUCAUGUUCAGCAAGGAGAGAAUCGAGGCACAAAGAGCAGGUUGCAAGAGUGUUCACUAUGACCUUGUCUUCCUCUUGGAUGCCUCCUCCAGUGUCGGAAAAGAAGAUUUUGAGAAAGUUCGUCAGUGGGUGUCUAAUUUGGUGGAAACUUUUGAGAUUGGCCCAGACAAAACCCGUGUGGGUGUGGUGCGAUACAGUGAUCAUCCAACCACAGAGUUUGACCUGGGAAAGUACAAAACCUGUGAGGAAAUCAAAGAGGCUGCACGAAAAAUUCAGUAUUAUGGGGGUAACACGAACACUGGAGAUGCUCUCAGGUACAUCACCACCUACAGUUUUUCCAAAGAAGCUGGUGGGAGACUCAGUGACCGAACUGUUAAAAAAGUGGCCAUCCUUUUGACUGAUGGAAGGAGCCAGGAUUUUGUCCUAGAUCCAGCCACUGCAGCACAUCAGGCUGGGAUUAGGAUUUUUGCUGUGGGUGUUGGAGAAGCCUUAAAAGAAGAACUUGAUGAGAUUGCUUCAGAGCCCAAGUCUGCUCAUGUGUUUCAUGUUUCUGAUUACAAUGCCAUUGAUAAAAUUCGGGGGAAGCUGAGAAGACGCCUCUGUGAAAGUAAGUGGAGCUCUGCACAACUGGAAUAG